AAGUUUCCCAUGCGUAAAUACACAACGGAUUUAUGUUUUUCUUAACCUAUGAUAUCCUCGUUGAAACAAAUGUGCGCAGGUGUGGAGGCGUGAGGAGGGAGAGUAACGGAUGUUAAGGGAGACAAACGCGGAGAGAGAAGGGAAAAUCGCAGAUUUUUUCAAAUUUUCUUACUUGUGGGACCGACUAUCCACAUGUCGUCCGCGGAAUGGUUUAUUGGAUGGCCUACGUGGAGUAUUCCAGUCACUUAAUCCUAAUAUUUUCUCCACCAUUCUCCUCCAGAAUGAUCUCUCUCGUGGCUUUUUUCACUCCUUGUAAAGCGAAAAACACGAGGCAUCUCAAAGUCAGGGUCAAACAUUCCUGUCUCGUCCGGCUUUCACGUUCGUCAGAUAUAGACCAGGAGUUGCUCAUCAUCAAUCCGUUACAUCCGACCACGACAAUCCCAUUCUUCGCGAAAAGGUCGAUCCAGCACACGAAUCUUGAAGUCCAGGGAUCUAAGAACUAAAACGGCCAAUGUGUUGAUGCACGUAAAGGGAAAAAAAAUCAAGAAGAAUUACUGAUGGCAAUGUCGGAGGAGACGAAUUCCAAGUUUCACGUAGCCAUGUUUCCAUGGUUCGCAGUUGGUCACAUGACCCCGUUCCUCCACCUCUCCAACGAGCUCGCCGAGAGGGGCCACAAGAUCUCCUUCUUCUUGCCCAGGAAAGCCAUAAUUCUCUUGGAAAACCUCAAUCUACACCCCGACCUCAUCACCUUCCACCCGGUCACCGUCCCCUCAGUCGCCACCCUCCCUCCGGGGACUGAAACUGCCUCCGACAUCCCCCUCUCCGACAAUCCCUCGCUCGCCGUUGCCAUGGACCUUACCUGCCCCCAGUUAGAGGUCUCGCUGCAGGCCCUGCGGCCCGACUUCAUCUUCUACGACAAUGCCUACUGGAUCCCCCAAGUGGCCAGACCGCUCGGCAUCAGGACAGUCUGCUACAAUGUUGUUUCCGCGGCCGCGAUUGCCAUCGUCCUCGUGCCGGCGCGGGAGGUGACCCUCGGGAAACCCCUCACGGAGGAAGAGCUGGCGAAGCCACCCGAAGGGUACCCAUCAAAGACUGUCGUGCUGCGUGGCAGCGAAGCCCGAUCCCUCGCAUUCGUAACCCUGCCUUUCGGCGACAACAUGACGUUCCACGGGCGCACCACGACCGCCAUGCGAGAGUGCGACGCGAUCGCCAUGCGUACGUGCCAAGAAAUAGAAGGGGACUUGUGUGAUUACAUCAGCAGUCAAUACGGUAAGCCUGUCUUCUUGACUGGCCCGGUCUUGCCUGAGCCGGCGAGGAAGAAGCUGCACGAGAAGUGGGCCGAGUGGCUCGGCCGGUUCGAGCCAGGGUCCGUGGUGUUCUGUGCGUUUGGGAGCCAGCACGUUCUCGAAAAGGACCAGUUCCAAGAACUCCUGCUAGGGUUCGAGUCAACAGGCUUGCCAUUUCUGGUAGCUCUCAGACCACCAAUUGGGACGAACUCAGUAGAAGAAGCUUUUCCCGAGGGUUUCGAAGAGAGAGUCCAAGGGAGAGGAGUGGUUCACGGCGGUUGGGUCCAACAGCCACCGAUCUUGAGUCACCCAUCGGUCGGGUGCUUCGUGAGCCACUGCGGGUUCGGGUCGAUGUGGGAGUCGCUGAUGUGUGAUUGCCAAAUAGUGAUGGUCCCCCAUCUGGGCGACCAGAUCUUGAACACGAGGCUGGUGGCCGAGGAACUGAAAGUGGGGGUCGAAGUGGAGAGAGAAGAGAGCGGGUGGUUCUCGAAGGAGAGCUUGUGCAGAGCCAUCAAGAGCGUGAUGGACGAGAAGAGCGAAGUGGGUCGGCUGGUGAAGAAGAACCAUGCGAAGUGGAGGGAGGUUUUGGUGAGCCCAAACUUCAUCAGCGGCUACAUCGAUAGGUUUAUUCAGAAUCUGAAAGAGCUUCAAAUGAAAAAUUAGAGGUACUCAUAUAGAGAGAUCCGGAAGGGCAAAGAUAGCGAAUGUGAAGUGGCCUUUCAAAUAUUUAGUUAAGAGUGCUGUUGCUAAAGAAGUGAUAUCAUGGAGAUGGGUUUGACUCAUUUAAUCAGCGGGGAAGAUUAGUUUGAUCUACAUGAUCUUGAGAAUGAUAUUUUCUCCGUGGAAAGAGAUUUUCCUUCCCAAAUUUACAAUACUUUUUGGGCCAAUGUACCGUGACUUGUCUUUUGUAGGGC